AGGAUUUGGGGAGGGGGCUUGGGGGCAGAGGACGGGGGAGGGGGGUUCCUUUCGUGGCUUUGCCGAAGGACACGAGCGGGCCUCGGGCGCGGGGGCCGGCAUGGCGCUCAGCUCCAGGGCGCACGCCUUCUCCGUGGAAGUCCUGGUGGGGAACUCUCCCAAGCGCAAAUUGCUGGAGGUGGACGAGGAGCGGCCGGAGAAGGGAGCGGAGGGGAGCCUGCGGAAAAGCCACGGACCAGAGAAGAAAUCCAAAGCAGACAUGCCGGCGGCUGCUCCGGAGCAAACCAGAGACGCGCCGAGCGAGGUCCAGGUGGACCUCCAGGGGUCCGAACUCUGGAAGAGGUUUCACGACAUUGGCACCGAGAUGAUCAUCACCAAAGCCGGCAGGAGGAUGUUUCCCUCGGUGAGAGUCAAAGUGAGAGGGCUGGAUCCGGGGAAACACUAUUACAUCGCCAUCGACGUGGUGCCGGUCGACUCGAAAAGAUACAGGUACGUCUACCACAGCUCCCAGUGGAUGGUGGCUGGGAACACGGACCACUCGUGCAUCAUGCCCCGGCUGUACAUUCACCCGGAUUCUCCAUGUUCUGGAGAGACCUGGAUGCGGCAGAUCAUCAGCUUCGAUCGGGUGAAGCUGACCAACAACGAGAUGGACGACAAAGGGCAUAUUAUUCUGCAGUCCAUGCACAAAUACAAGCCUCGAGUUCACGUCAUCGUCCAGGAUUCCCGAUUUGACUUGUCCCAGAUCCAGUCCUUACCAGCUGCUGGCGUUCAGACUUUCUCCUUCAAAGAAACAGAAUUCACAACUGUCACGGCGUAUCAAAACCAGCAGAUUACAAAACUGAAGAUAGAUCGGAAUCCCUUUGCUAAAGGAUUUAGAGACCCCGGAAGGAACAGAGGCGUAUUGGAUGGGCUGCUGGAAUCAUAUCCAUGGAGACCGUCCCUUACUCUGGACUUCAAAUCUUUUGGGGGAGAAACUCAAGGUGGAAGUCCCGGCUCUUCCCCUGCGACCCACACUGCUGGGACCCCCUCUCCUCUGGCCUCCCUGCUGUCCCCCGCUUGCUCUCCUCCUGCGUUCCAUUUGUCUGCAAGCAACCUUGGGAUGUCUUGUCCGGAAUCCUACGUCCACCACCUCAGCCUCCCUGUUUGCUACAAGAUCUGCCCGACGGGCCUUUUAAGGCCGUCAUCGCUGAUGUUCCCCGGGCACGACAAACUGGGACACGCCGCCAGCCCGGCCCUGUUGCCCCAUUUCAUGGUGGACGUGCCCUCGCUCUCUUCCCUGAGCAUCCGGAACGUCAAAAGCGGCAAAGCGGAGGAUUCGAACGGACCCGGCCUGCAAGGGCCUGCUUCUGCUGGUCACAUGUUCUACGGUUUACAUGCAUCUGGAAACAUUUUCCCCUCCAAUCCCAUUACGCGGGAAGCACUUAAUUGUGCUCUGCACCCGCCAUAUGGUUUCUACGGCUACAACUUGGCAGUCCCGUCCAGGCUGAUGAGCGCAGCUGGCCAUUUCAAAGUGAGCCACUUUUCCUCGUCCCCUCUUCAAGUAGAGCAGGUGUCACCCCCACUGGCUCCUUGAACAUUAACCACUGCCUCUGAGUGGGUUCCUCCUCCGGACAUCACAACGGCAGGCAUCUGAUCCCCCCCUGCACCAGCUUUUUCUAACUCUUUGCCAAAGACUGAUGGAUUGUUGGCCAUCAAGCACUUCAUGACCCCGUGGGUUAUCCGGACAAGAUACAGAUGGCAGCAAAUAGGGUUGCCAACUUCAAAGGGCAACCUAGGGGAUGGGAGGGAUAAGGUUGUCAGAUUCACGCUGGAAGUAAACCUCCUGGAGAUUUGUUCUUGGGAGGUCGGGGACACCAGU